UUAUAUCCCAUGUCCUUUAUUGGCAUCGUCGUUAGUUUUCGAUAGUCUUUCAAAACGUCAAGAUUGCGAUUGUCCAGAUACAUGGCAAUUUACAUGGCAUUUCUGAGACUGUUAUUAAGCAGCGGCUUAAUAUUCGUUACGACAGCCGUUUUCAUCGAAGAAAAUGUGAAAGAUGAACCAUUUGCGGUUACUCCUUGUUUCUCGGACUACGUAGUACCAGUGAAUCAUGAUGUCGAAUUAACAUUAUUUGUCGAGAAAUCUUCUAACGGACACUGUUAUGCACCAUUUCAUCUCGAGGCGCAGCAAAACGAUAACAACUUUGCCCUCUACGGCAAAUCCACUGUCGUCGUUAAUAUCACUCGUCCAAUGCGACACAUAAAAUUACGCCUACGACAACCGCAAAUAAAUGGAUUGAUAUUCGUAAUGAAUAAUAAACAAAAAUGUCAGAACGGCAAAAUACAAAAAUAUUCAUACGAUUACGAUACGCAAUCGUAUGAUCUUUAUUUCCAGAGUGAAUUAUUAGAAGGGCUUUAUACUAUAGAGACGGAUUUUGUGGGCGGUUUAAAUGAUAUCGUAGGCCUCUCCAUAGUCUCGUACUCGACCUCAGAGCGACAAAGGUGGAUAGUUGCAAUAAACGAUUUUCAGAAAAUCGCGGCCCAAUUAAUAUUUCCGUGUUUAGACCGGUUGGAAUUAACGCUCAACUUAACCAUAACCAUGAGGCAUUAUAUAUACAAUUUGGUGUCAAAUAUGAAAGAAACAAAGUAUACAAGUGAAAAUGGCAUAAAGUCAUGGCAAUAUCACAUUACUUCCAUGACACGUAAUUAUCUCGUGUUUAUCGUAUUGAAAGACUUCAUUUCUGUUACUCAUAUGGAAUAUAAGGACAUCCAAAUAUGGUACAGAAAGGACUUGCAGUGGCACAUGGAUCAUAUGUGGGACAUUAUCUAUGAUGUCUUUAACUAUCUAAAAAACAAAUGGCACAUAGAGUGUUCCUUUCCGACAAUGCACAUUAUAAUUCCAAACGUAGAAGAUGGUAUGAUGAGUCCAGGACUCAUUUUUUAUAGAGAAAUAGAUGUUAUGCACUGUGAAGAAUCGGAUCAUGAAGCAAACCAAAUGCGAAUAAAGAGCUUAAUAACGCAGAAACUAAUAUAUCAAUGUCUCAGUAAUACGUCAUCUUGGUUAAUAGACGGAUUGGUUACGUUGAUAGAAGUGGAUAUUAUCGAUAAGUUUUUCGAAGGAUCCCGUAUGCUGGAUUUGUUCGUGCCAUAG